UGACGAAACUCUAGUUCUUUCGCCGACCACAAAAUACAAUGGCAGUAGAACGGAAACCAACGUUCUUCCAGUCUCUCGCUGCUGGCGGACUGGCAGGAACAGCGGUCGACCUUCUUUUCUUCCCGAUAGACACCGUCAAGACACGUCUGCAGUCUGCGCAAGGAUUCGUAAAGGCUGGCGGCUUUCGCGGCAUUUACAAAGGCGUGGGCAGUGUGGUAGUUGGAAGCGCCCCGGGAGCUGCUGCAUUCUUCUCUACAUAUGAAACUAUGAAGCACUCGCUUCCUCUUCAUGGCCAGCUUGCACCUGUGAACCAUAUGAUAUCUGCAUCUGUGGCAGAAGUGGCUGCUUGUUUGAUACGCGUUCCUACUGAAGUCAUCAAGACCAGGAUGCAAACUUCGAUGUAUGGUGCUUCGACAUCUUCGUUUAAGGCUGCAACCCUUGUCCUGAAACAUGAUGGCAUCCGAGGCUUCUAUCGUGGUUUUUUGACUACUAUCAUGCGCGAGAUACCCUUUACCUCACUUCAAUUCCCGCUAUAUGAGUUCCUCAAGUAUCGACUAUCAAUACAUCUGAACAGGAAACCCCUAUAUGCACACGAGGCUGCUGUCUGUGGAAGCAUAGCCGGGGGGACUGCAGCUGCGCUGACAACUCCACUCGACGUUCUUAAGACACGCGUCAUGCUCGAUCUUAGAGACCCUUCCAAGCAGCAAGUGCCAAGUAUUACCACACGGCUUCGGCAAAUCUACGUACAAGAAGGCGGAAAGGUUCUUUUUGCAGGUGUAGUACCGAGGACGAUGUGGAUAUCUGCUGGAGGAGCUGUUUUCCUCGGGGUCUAUGAAUGGGCGGUCCAUGGUUUUAUGAGCCCCUGAGCUAGAGCAAUAGCCGAUGAUCUACACCUCCCCAUCAGUUAUUGACCAUAUAUUGUUUAUAGCGCACAGCAGGAUAAAUUGGCAAUAGACAUAGAACCAUUAGAGUCAACUUUGCUGUUUUAUGCUACCCAGAAUGCCCAAUGCCCAACCCUUGUCACCAUACAGCUUCUCGGCAAAGAAGCUACCUAAAACUUCUUGUAACUGCCCCAUAAUCAUAGCAUCACCCUCGUCCUCUGUAUACAACGACUCGGGCAUGUCCGACGGAGGAUGCAGAACAUGCAAAGCGGUCUGUC